CCUUAUGCAGAGUCGCCUAGUCAGCUCUACCAGUAUGGAUUUGAUCUGCAGUUUGUAUUUGUCCGACUUGGUUUCAUUGUUUGUUGUAGUUUUUCAUGUAAAAGGGACGUGAAGUCAAAAUCAUGUAAACAUCCAAUUAAUUUGUCUUCAUAUUUUUUAUAUAUUCGUUUUGUAGCGGUAUUAGUAAUGUGUUCCUGGUGCUAAUAAUGUUUAAAUACGUCAAAAAAGAAAUCAGGAAAAUGGGCACGUUUUCUUCAGUCUCCAAUCCCCUCAUUAGUGUUUUGCUGUGCACAAGUGUUAUAGUUGGUGAUCCAGUGCUCGGAAAAGUGUCACAAUUUAACUUUGAUUUUAGACAUCCGUUCGAGCUAAGAAAAUCACUUCCUUCUUCUCCACGUCCCGAAAUAAUAUUCACUUCUGGGAAUAGCUCAUUAGUUUCUGCAAGUAACAUAAAUCCCGUGGGAUUCGACUUUUCUAAACUCUUCCGCUCAUCCCAGAAACAACCUCGCUCUCAAACUUACCAUUCCGACGAAAAAAAUGUGAUACCUUUAGCAUGGGUAAAUCUACCCUUGUUUGAUACUCCCGUGUUCAGUCCCCAGUUUACACUGCCACAACCAAUCGCCAGAAAUGUACAAAAUAAAUCAUCAAUUAUUGCAUCGCAAAGUUCUAAAGAGGAGAAUUCGCCCUAUGAUAAUCAGAGUGAAAGCAGAAGAAGGUCGUCGUCCAGAGUCAUCAAGAGCGAUUGGGACGGAAGGAGCAGUAGUGAGAUUUUUGCAUCGGAGCAAAAUAUGAGACGUGAAGAUGCGAGUAAAAUUAUUGUUCCUCAAUCUCAACACGUCUCAACUUCCCCACCACCACCUCCGCCUCAUAACUCAUUUGAGAGAAGAAUACAGCUUUCCAACAGGGGAAACAAUAAGCAGGAAAAUGUUCUGACAAGCCAACCACCACCGAUCGAUGUUAUGCAACGACAAGACCCUCUUGGAAAUAGCGAUAGGCUACCAGUCAUUACGGAUCAUUCUUUCGCAGAGUCUAAAAUGCAAGAGUCGAGAAGUCCUAGUGGCAGCAGUAAUUUGAAAGUUGAGACAAGUACGACACUUGCACCGAUUGUUAUGCGGAUUGAGCAACGCCAACAACCAGUUGCACAAAAACCCAUUAUUAAAGUUGCCUCAGCAGCCCAACGCUUAUCUGGGCCAUCGUCAGUGGUCGAGAGUCAUUACCAGGACACCAAUUCCAACUACCGAUACGGCUACACAGUUUCAAAUGCAGAGACGAUGGAUGUGAAAGCCCAUUCUGAAAGCAGAGAAGGUCAGAUAACCUUAGGCGAAUUUUCUGUUUUAGAACCAGACGGUUAUACUCGGAUUGUCAAGUACACAGCAGACUCGUCUGGUUUUAGGGCUUCUGUGAAAAGGGUGAAAGUUUAAGUGAGUGAGAAAUUCAAUUUUAAACAUUAUUUAAAUUUUUUAUUAACUGUGAUGUUUUAUAAUUAUUUAAUAAACUUGUGGCCACUAUCUUAUACUUUUUA